GAAGGCUGCCCCUCUCGUCUCUGAAAAUGGAAGUCAAAAUCAACGGCCAUCAGCCAUGGUUCUGAAUUGGAUUCCCCAUUAACUGCAAUUGUGGGUCCCUUCCCCAUUGGAAGCUCUGGCCAUGGCCAUGGCAAUGGCCCCAUCACUCCGUAACUGUAACAAACCAUUCAUUCCAUUAAUUUCUCAUCAUUCCCCUCUGCAGAAAGUGGAACAUUCAGAACCCCACCAACCAAAAUUUCUCUCUGUAAACCGAAACCCUCACCAUGAAAUCCGAGCUCUCACCGACACCGACAAUGGCCGCUCCCACUGGGGACUCCUUCUUCCUCUCCAAGAAGGCCCGCUACAAAUUCUGGGCGCUCGCUGCCAUUCUCCUCCUCGCCUUCUGGUCCAUGUUCACCGGCUCCGUCUCCCUCAAAUGGUCCCCCUCCGCCCAUUUCGCCCGAUUCUACGACCGCCCCCGCAGCCCCGUCUUCCACGAUCUCGACAUUCUCGAAGUGGAGGAGCGUGAGAGGGCGGUGCGGCACAUGUGGAAUCUGUACACGCACGGCGGCGGCGCCCGCCUGCCGCGGUUCUGGUCGGAGGCUUUUGAGGCGGCGUACGAGGAUUUGAUCGGCGAUGUCCCCGCCGUUCGAGACGCUGCCCUUCUCGAGGUCGCCAGGAUGUCUCUGCGAUCUGUGAACCUCGAUCCGAUUCCGAUUAAAUCCAAGAUUGAGGAGCUCAAAACCAACUCUAUGAACUGAGUAAGCUGUUGGGCUGUGUUUAUUUGGGGGAAUUUAUUUACUCAAAAAGUUAUAUACUACAUUUAAAAAAAAAAAAACAAAGGAAUGUACAAAAUUUACCAAUAUCAACUGUGAAAGUGAAACUACUUUAUUUUUCUGUCUCUCUCUCUCUUGUGUUUUAUUCAAUGGUUAUUAAAGUGGCAGCUACUACUUUUGGCCACAUUCUACCA